GCUGAGCUGGGGUUUGAACUGGGCAGUCUGGUUUCUGAUAAAUUAACCAAGAGCUGGAAGGAGAAAGCCAGACCUCAGGGAAGGAAUCCAGGGGUUUUGUCUAUGCGCUUUACAUCUAAGGAUCUUCUCACCCUCUUCCGUUUCUCUCCCAGGGAGCCCAUUCUAUAGACCAGGAGACAGAGGGCCGCGCGGAGACCACUCCGGAAGCCCCGUGGAGGGAGUCGUGGAGUUUAUUUGGGUGCUCAGGAGGAGCAGGGGCAGAGCCAGAAUGAGCAGGCACCCGGGUUGCGAGUACUUCGCUCCAAACUACAAUUCCCAGGAGGCACCGGGUGCCCACAGCCCACGCGACGUCACAGCGGCAGAGGGCUAGGGCAGCUCUGCUAGCCCGGCCCGGCGACGGUUGGGCCGUUCCGCUCGGACCCCGGCCCAAGCUCUGGCCCCGCGAUGGGAGCUGCUCCCUGGGGCUGAGCUGGUCAGCAUCCUCCAACAGCCCUCGCCCCUGAAGUCAAGAGAAGAGGCCCUGCCUACCCACACCUUGCCCCUUUUUGGGGUCGCCUCCAUCUAUCUGGUCCUUAGCACGAGUGGCCGCUCAGUCCGACAAAGAGCAGGACGAUGAUCCUGGCGUCGGUGCUGGGAAGUGGCCCCCGGGGGGGGCCUCCACUCCGGCCCUUCCUCGGGCCUGCACUCUUGCUCAGGGCCCUCUCCACAUCGGCCACCGAUACUCACCACGUGGAGAUGGCGAGGGAGCGCUCCAAGACCGUCACCUCCUUUUACAACCAGUCCGCCAUUGAUGUGGCCGCAGAGAAGCCCUCAGUCCGCCUCACUCCGACCAUGAUGCUCUAUUCAGGCCGCUCUCAGGAUGGCAGCCACCUUCUGAAAAGUGCCCGGUACUUGCAGCAAGAGUUGCCGGUGAGGAUCGCUCACCGCAUCAAGGGCUUCCGCAGCCUUCCUUUCAUCAUUGGCUGCAACCCCACCAUACUGCACGUGCACGAGCUGUACAUCCGUGCCUUCCAGAAGCUGACAGACUUCCCUCCGAUCAAGGACCAGACAGAUGAGGCCCAAUACUGCCAGCUGGUGCGGCAGCUGCUGGACGACCACAAAGAUGUGGUGACCCUCUUAGCUGAGGGCCUACGUGAGAGCCGGAAGCACAUAGAGGACGAGAAGCUUGUUCGCUACUUCUUGGACAAGACACUGACUUCCAGGCUUGGGAUCCGCAUGUUGGCCACACAUCAUCUGGCACUGCAUGAGGACAAGCCUGACUUUGUCGGCAUAAUCUGCACUCGCCUCUCGCCAAAGAAGAUUAUUGAAAAGUGGGUGGACUUUGCCAGACGCCUGUGUGAGCACAAGUACGGCAAUGCCCCCCGCGUCCGCAUCAACGGACAUGUGGCUGCUCGAUUCCCCUUCAUCCCUAUGCCGCUGGACUACAUCCUGCCCGAGCUGCUCAAGAAUGCCAUGAGAGCCACGAUGGAGAGUCACCUAGACACUCCCUACAAUGUCCCAGAUGUGGUUAUCACUAUCGCCAACAACGAUAUUGAUCUCGUCAUCAGGAUUUCAGACCGGGGCGGGGGAAUCGCUCACAAAGACCUGGAUCGGGUUAUGGACUACCACUUCACUACGGCCGAGUCCAGCACCCAGGACCCCCGGAUCAACCCACUCUUCGGUCACCUGGACAUGCACAGUGGUGUCCAGACAGGACCCAUGCAUGGCUUUGGCUUCGGGCUGCCCACGUCACGGGCUUACGCGGAGUACCUUGGUGGUUCCCUCCGGCUGCAGUCCCUGCAGGGCAUUGGCACGGAUGUCUACCUGCGGCUCCGUCACAUUGAUGGUCGGGAGGAAAGCUUCCGCAUCUGACCCUGCAGCCCUCGGCCUGCUCGCCUGCCCAGCCUGGGCCACACACCCUGCCAGGACCUUCUGGGCCACACAGGGUGCCACUGUGCUCCACACCCUGCUGCAUCUUGGGUCUCACGAUGCCAAGCAGAUGGACUUAUAUGGAGCCGGACACCCCCCUCCUCAACAGGGUCCGCUGUUUCCCUGCCUCCAGGCCUUGGAGGGGAGGAAGUGGGGACCCCAGCACCAGCUUGAUCAUUCUUGUUCCUGGGGAACUCCAUUUUGACCUGCUGUUAUUAAAGUUCACAUUUUGAA